UUUCAAUGUGUCACCAACUUUGUUUCUCAGAGCGAAACGCCUGGGAGCCCUAAUAAGAGUUCAGCCCCUACUACCCACUUUUGUCGACCUUCAAAUUUCGGGUGCAGAUGCAUACUUGCUUUCUCUUUUCUUUUCUUUCAUCGACAGUCGUAAGAAAAAAAUACAACACGUCCUUAGCACUCUUCCACUACGUUGGACUUAAUCGCCCUCAUAUUCUAAAUACUUUCCUUCCUUCCUUCCUUUCCUUCCCUCUCAUUCAUUCCUUUUCUUAAAAAACACUACCCUCCUUUCCUUUUUCCUCUCUAUUGAAGACCCACCCCCACCUUCUCUGCCACCCCUUGUACUUUAAUUCCUUAUACUAUGCUUUCCGCAUCUACGCUCGCAUCAAAUGCAUCAGAUGCAUUUUCAACAAAUUCCGGCGCAACGACGCCCUUGUCACCUUAUUCUACCGAUUCGACUCCGAAGAACUCGGGAAACAACCCUUUGGCCGAGCUUAUUGAAACCGAAAAGAGUUAUAUGGAAACACUCAAGAUCAUUGACAUUCAAUUAGCCCCGCUAUGGACCGAUCAAUCCAUUACUGAUUUUACCGAGCUUUUAGCCAAUGUUCGCGAAAUCAUCAAAGUCAACAAACGCUUCUGCGCGAAACUAGUCAAGAUCGCCGCAAACCCUCAGACGAUCAAGGAGCUUGGAGACGUGCUCAUGCAAUGGGUUGAUGAUAUGGAGGUCCCUUAUGCCAACUUUUCGCGUGGCUACAUACUCAAUCUCAAUCAACGUCAAGACAUUGCCAAGAAUCCUGGCAUCCAAAAGCUGCUCAAGGAUUUGUCUGCUCAAGCAUCCUAUGAGAUCAGUCUAGAAUCUUUAUUUAAUGCGCCAGCACAACAGCUCAACUAUUACAAAGUGUUAUAUAGUCGUCUUUUAGAAAGUGCUGAGCCUGGUCGGGCUGAUCACAAGCUUUUGGUCAAGGCCAAUCGACGUAUUGAUACGGUCAUGCUAAUGGCCCAGAAAAGUUCUGGAAAAUCAAGCGGGGCCACAGACCCUUCUUCUUCCCCUUCUUCUUCUGCAUCGAGGGCACACACUAAACCACUUCCUAUCGUUACACCCAUCCAAACCAACAUGACAUCUGUGCGCUCUGAGUUAAUUAUGUCUUUUGAUGGCUGUAAGCUUGACUGCUCUCAAGUCGUGGAUCUCUUCAGCGGUUCGCCUAUGCACCAGUAUCAACCACGUCUACCCGACGAUGCAGCAGUCGUUCUGCGGGAUCAUUUUGUGCAGCUGCCCGGAGAAACAAACGAAACGACACCGAUUCGCGUCCAGCUUAUCCUUACGAACGAUGUCUUGCUUGUAGCUAAGGAAGGCACCAACAACGUGUACACACUCUUAUACCCACCCCUUACUGUAAACGACAUUACUGUAAAGUCAAAGAACCUCGACCGAGAGCUGGUGGGUGAGUACAUUGUGGAAUUCGCCGUUGUGGGCAAGAAGCACCUUACGAUGCGAGCUGACCUCAAGGAAACACGCAACAAGUGGGUCGGCGUCAACGACAAUGCGCCCAGCUCAAUGACACUUGCACCAAAAGCGCUUAGAGCCGUCGUGCAAAAGCACGUUGGUGGCGGAGACGGAGCAGCAGAGGGAUCUUCAUCGCUAGCAUCAGCAUCGACACCAGCAGACAAGAAUGCCCGCAAGAGUGGUAUCCGCAAACAUGACAUAUUUUCGUUUUACACGGAUCAAACGGGCGAGAUAUCCCCAUUGUCUUCUGAUGAGUCAUCUUCUGAAGAGUUUCUCCCAAAAGUACCUGCGCUGCCACCCAAAGAUAUUGUACAGCAAGAGCAGCAGAAGCACGAAACGAAAAACUUGCCUGCUCCGCCACCACCUCCGAAAGCGAGCAACGAUGAAAGUGACUUGAAGCCACCAGCACCAGCACCAGCACCAGCACCAGCAAGACAGGAUUCGCAUCUAUCGCCACGCUCGGCAAGCCCUGCACCUUCGGCGGUGUCCACGAGCACUUUUAAUUCGUCAGGAGCGGAAGAUUCACCCGGCGCGGCUGCACGGCCUGUAUCACCCCGAACCAUCGAAAUCAGCCAUGCUGUCGCACCAGUGGCUGCUAUGCAAGCAGUGACUCAGGAAUACAACGCUGCGGAUCCAAAACUUUUGCCUCGCACCUCUUCUGUGAAUCGCGGUGUUACUUCUUCUGCUGCUGUUGCUGCCCCUGCUGCUGAUCCUUAUACUCCUGCCAUGACUAUGCCCGCACGGACUUCGUCUUCUCGCCAGCAGCCACAACAACCACCUAUGCAAAAAGCACUUCCACAACGACCACCUGCUGCUCCGGCCCAUCACCAACAACACCACCAACAGCAGCAACAGCCUGGUCCCAUGCAUCAUCAUCCUUCGAUGAAUCGAUCGCUUCCUCCACAGCCUCAAUCGACACAACAACCAAGACCACCGGUGAUCCAUCAACCUCAGCCUCAGUAUAUGGCUCGGCCUGGUGCGCCGCCAUUGACUCAGCGUCGUUCGUUCCAUAACAAUAUGCCGGGUAAUCGGUCACCUAGUCCAGGAAUGGCUGUUGGUGGACCUGGUGGAUAUCCGCAACAACAGCCUACUCCUCCACCUCAGCAGCAGCAACAACAACAACAACAACAACAGCCGCCUAUGGGUCGUCAUUUGAAUACUCCUCCUUACUUGCAUCAGCAGCGAUCCAUGGAUGACUUGAAUUCGCCACCCCGCAGUCCUACCCCACAUAUGGUGAACGGUCAACCCAACGGCAUUCGCCAAGUUGUGUAUAGCGGACAAUGUGAAGUGUUCCAUUGGAAGGCCGAGUCAUGGUAUGCCGUUGACGGCCAGUGCCUGCUCGAAGUGCGACAAACGUUCACGAAUCGAUCUUGUGUCGCCGUUCUUAUGCAAAACACAGGCCAGCUAUACUUGAACGCAUGGGUCCUUCCAAAUACGGUGAUUUGCCAUGCUUCACCCACCGACGUUAGCAUUUCCGUGUUUAUGGGCAACCAGAAGGAAAACUACCUUGUCCAUUUCCAAUCCCCGCAAGAAGCUGCGCACCUGUUUCAAAUCUUGCAGCGCACGCAUCAAGAAGCCAUCCGCAUGGGCGGAACAAUGGGUGAAGGAACCUUGCGUGGCGCUCCACCUGGUGUUAUUGCUGCUGCUGCUGAUUUCUUGGAUGACGAUCCCAAAGACGACGAGCCCAAAGAAGAACCACAGCAACCCCAGACCUUACGUCUUGUAAUGCAAUGCAAGGCCAAGCUAUUUGUCCAGCAAGAACAUUCCAGCUGGAGCAGUUUUGGCAGUGUGACCAUGAAGAUCUCGCAGCAAUUGCCUAGCAAAAAAAUGCAUAUCGAGAUGGAGAAUGGCAAGGGCAACAAGGCAACCAAGUUGGUCAGCGCAACGGUUCACAGUCGCAAUGUCAGUCGGAUGAAUCCAAAGCGUAUCACGUUCUUGUUGACAAACGAAAAGGAACGGCAGAGUAUGGUGUACAUGGUCCAGAUCAAGGAGGAGGAGACAGGUCAAAAGAUCUAUGAGUAUAUAAAGACCAAGAACGCAGAGAAUGGCUGGUAAAAAAGAAACAAAAUUAUCCUCUCCACAUAUUCCGCAACUCAUACAAACAACGCAUAAUAUCUUUAGUAGUCUAGUACAUGUAUAGAACUCGCACACACACACACACUCUCUCUCUCUCUCUCUCUCGCCUUUUUAUUUCCACGCACCAUACAAUCCAAACACACACUCAUACACACACACUCACACUUCUUUAUUCAUCCACCCGUAUUCCUUGUUUUGAGUUUCUUUUUUUCUUAUUUAUUCAUACUCUUCCUUUCUUUCUCUUGUUCAUGUACUUAUCCCCCACCCCAAACUUCCCCUCAGGCAUAAUAUAUUUUUCUCAUUCC